AUGGUAUUCUUGGUUCUUUCUGUAGACGAUAUCUUACACAUUGGAAACAAUCUUAAGAAAUUGUCAGAUGUGAAGAAUUGGUUGAACACUCAAUUCUUGAUAAAGGAUUUGCGUGAAGUGAGUAAUGUUAUAGGUAUUGGCGUUGUUCUUAUGCAGGAUGGGAGACCACUUGCGUACUUUAGUGAGAAGCUAAAUCAUGAAUCUUUGAAACAUUUGAAAGGACAACAUAAACUGAACAAGAGACAUGCACGAUGGGUUGAGUACAUUGAGAUGUUUCCCUAUGUCAUUCGGUAUAAACAAGGUAAGGAGAGUGUGGUUCCUGAUGCACUUUCACGCAGGUAUGCCUUAAUCUCUACUCUUGAUGCUAAAUUACUUGGUUUUGAGCACAUUAAGGAACUUUAUCAUGUUGACCACGACUUUGGGGAGAUUUAUGGUGCUUGUGAAAAAUCUGCUGAGGGAAUGUUUUAUAGGCAUGGGGGUUUCUUGUUUAGGGAGCAUCGGUUGUGUGUACCUAAUUGUUCACUGAGAGAUUUGUUAGUUCGGGAGUCCCACGGUGGAGGGUUGAUGGGACAUUUUGGAGUCGCUACGACUCUAGCUAUGUUACAGGAGCAAUUCUAA